CCCCCUCCCCUCCCGCCGCCCUGCCCUCUGCCCCCGCCGGCAGGUCCCCCGGGCCAGGGGCUGAUGUGCGCCCGCUAGCCGCCCUGCCCCUUCCCCGCGCUUUCCCCCUCGCCCGUUCUCACGCGCGCGCACAGGCACGCGUCUCCGGCGCACAGAGCAUGCCUCGCAGUCCAGCCAGCGGCAAACAUGAGUCUCCGGAGCAGCAGCAGCAACAGCGGCGGCGGCGGCAGCAGCGGCGGCGGCAGCAGCAGGAGGACGAGGAGGAGGAGGAGGACGAGGAGGAGGAAGAGGAGGAGGAGGAAGAGGAAGAGGAGGAGGAGGAGGAAGAAGAGGAAGAAGAGCAGUCUCCGCAUCGCUGCCAGCAGCAGCAGCCGCCGCCGUCCGGCGUGGUGAACGGCGAUCCCGGGGAGAGCGCGGAAGGCAGCCUCCGGGAGGAGACCCUGUAUGAUACCAUCACGCCUCCCGCCGCCGCCCCCGCCGCCCCCGGCCCUUGCUCCUCCGAGACGCCGGCCUCUCCCCCGCCAGGGCGGAUGGACGAGCCCGCGCCCAAUGCCCUGGUCGUGCGCAUCGGCAUCCCGGACCUCCAGCAAACGAAGUGUCUGCGGCUGAACCCCGAUGUCCCCAUCUGGACCUCCAAGCAGCGCAUCCUUUGCACCCUGAACCACAGCCUGAAGGACGUCCUCAACUAUGGCCUCUUCCAGCCGGCCUUCAACGGCCGGGCAGGGAAGUUCCUGCACGAAGAGCGGCUGCUGCGGGAGUACCCCCUGAACCCGGAGACCCCCGUCCCUUACCUGGAGUUCCGAUACAAGAGGCGCGUCUAUUCCCAGCCGCUGCUGGAUGACAAGCAGUUCGCCAAGCUGCACACGAAGGCGAAUCUGAAGAAAUUUAUGGACUAUGUGCAGACCCUGAAUGUGGAGAAGGUCAGCAGGUUGCUGGAGAAAGGACUGGAUCCCAACUUUCACGACCCGGACACAGGAGAAUGCCCGCUGACCAUGAGUGCCCAGCUGGAGUUCUGUGCCGAGAUGAUCAAAGCCUUGAAGAAUGGCGGUGCCCACUUGGACUUCCGCACCCGGGAAGGGAUGACGGCCCUGCACAAGGCUGUCCGAUGUCGGAACCACACUGCCCUGCGGACGCUGCUAGACCUGGGUGCCUCCACGGACUACAAGGACAGCCGGGGCCUGACCCCCCUGUACCACAGCGUCAUGGUGGGGGGGGACCCCUACUGCUGCGAGCUGCUCCUGCACGACUACGCCAAGGUGGGCUGCAUCGAUGAGAACGGCUGGCAGGAGAUCCACCAGGCCUGCCGCUACGGACACGUUCAGCACCUGGAGCACCUCCUGUUCUACGGGGCCGACAUGAAGGCCCAGAACGCCUCGGGAAACACUGCCCUGCACGUCUGCGCCCUCUACAACCAGGAGAGCUGCGCGCGGGUUCUGCUCUUCCGGGGAGCAAGCAAGGAGAUCCGGAACUACAACAGCCAGACCGCAUUUCAGGUGGCCAUUAUUGCGGGGAACUUUGAACUGGCAGAAAUCAUCAAAACCCACAAAGAGUCCGACGUUGUGCCUUUCCGCGAGACCCCGAGCUACACCAAGCGGCGGCGGCUGGGGGGGGCGGCGGCCGGCCUCGCCUCCCCGCGCCUGCUCCAGCGCUCGGCCAGCGACAACAACCUGAAGGCGGAGAGCCGCCCGCCCUGCUCGCCGGCGCCCUCGCUCCGCGGCCUCCCCCCGCAGCUGCUGGCCCAGAUGCGGGAGGCGGCGGGCGAGGCCGGGCCCCGCGGCGCCCCCAGCCGCUCCCCGUCGCUGCAGCGCGUGCGGGAGGAGCGGGAGGCCGAGGCGCCCUCCCUGCGCAGGAGCGGCCGCGCCAGGGCCAGGGAACAGGACGACUUUCCUGCCCCCAUCCCACCAGGAGCGACACGGACCUUCAAAACUUCCCGAGGAGAGCAUUUCAAGCUGACCACUGUCCUUUGUUCAGACAACCCUCUCCACAAUGACGUGUCGGCUCGCUCGACUUGCGCCCCCCGCCCGCCCGCCUCGCCGUCCGGCCGGCCGGCCCGCCGGAGCGCCCGCGCCGCGCCCAUGGUGCUCCGGCCGCCGCCGCCGCCCGGGCCCGGCCUCAGCAGCGUAACGUAUGUCUUCGUUUACAGCCCCGGCGGGAGCGGCAGCGGGCCCGGGGGGGCGCCGGGCGCCGGGCCGGGCGUGGAGCACACCCCGCACGCCGCGCCGGCCCCGCUGCGGGGCCCCAAGAAGAAGCUGUACAGCGCCGUGCCCGGCCGCCGGUUCAUCGCGGUGAAGAGCCACGCGCCGCAGGGCGAGGGCGAGAUCCAGCUCAACCGCGGAGAAGCCGUCAAGGUGCUGAGCAUUGGAGAAGGGGGCUUCUGGGAAGGAACCGUGAAAGGACGGACAGGCUGGUUCCCGGCAGAAUGCGUCGAGGAAGUGCAGAUGCGGCAGUUCGACGCCCGGCCAGAAACGCGAGAAGACCGGACCAAGAGGCUCUUCCGACAUUACACCGUGGGCUCCUACGACAACUUCACUUCGCACAGCGACUACAUCGUCGAGGAGAAGGCGGCCGUCCUGCAGAAACGGGAGCAUGAGGGCUUCGGCUUCGUCCUGCGCGGGGCCAAAGCGGAAACCCCAAUUGAGGAGUUCACCCCAACGCCAGCUUUCCCGGCGCUGCAGUACCUGGAAUCGGUGGAUGUGGAGGGGGUGGCGUGGCGAGCAGGACUGCGCACAGGAGACUUCCUGAUUGAGGUGAACGGCGUGAACGUGGUGAAGGUGGGGCACAAGCAGGUGGUCUCGCUCAUCCGCCAGGGGGGGAACCACCUGCUGAUGAAAGUGGUCUCGGUCAGCCGCAAGCCAGAGUCUGAAGACGUGGUUCGGAAGAAAGCCCCGGCGCCGCCCAAGCGCGCCCCCAGCACCACCCUCACCCUGCGCUCCAAGUCCAUGACCGCCGAGCUGGAAGAGCUGGCCUCGAUGCGGAGGAGGAAAGGGGAGAAGCUGGACGAGAUCCUGGCAGCGGCUGAGCCCUCGCUGAGACCAGACCUGGUGGAAGCAGACUCCAGGGCAGCCACCGUGAAGCAGAGACCGACCAGCCGGCGCAUCACCCCUGCGGAGAUCAGUUCCCUAUUCGAGCGCCAGGGGAUGGCGACCCACGCCGGGCCCGAGAAGCCCCACGUCUCCCUCCGCAAAGGCCUCCCGCGGACCAAGUCUGUAGGUGAAGAUGAAAAAUUUGUGGCUUCCCUAAUGGAUGGAAAAUUUCCCCGGAGUACGUCAAUGCAAGAUACUGUCCGAGAGGGCCACGGCAUUCCCCCCCCACCACAAACCGCUCCUCCCCCACCUCCCUCCCCCUACUACUUCGACACAGGCCCACCCCCUUCCUUCUCCCCGCCUCCACCCCCAGGGAGGGUCUAUGACACUGUCCGGUCCAGCUUCAAGCCAGCCUUGGAGGCCAAGCUGCAUGGGCUGCCGCCAGUGAUCAGUGCAGCCGAGAUGUACGACCAGGCCAGGACUGGCAUCCCCUACCCCGAGCGGCAGAAACGGGCCCGCUCCAUGAUCAUCCUGCAAGACUCCUCCCACAUCCCCGUGGAGCCCACCGACAUUCCCCGACCAGGCCCCUCAGCCACCCCGCCCGAGAAGCUGAAGCGGAAGGGCCGUGGGGCGGACAACCCUUACGCCAACAUGGGCCAGUUCAAUGUCAGUCUCUUUGCACCCACCAAGCCCCAGCGCAAGAAGAGCCCCCUGGUCAAGCAGCUGCAGGUGGAGGAUGCGCAGGAGCGCGCGGCGCUCUCCGUGGCAGGGGGCUUUCCCCGGGAACCCUCCCCCACCCGGCGGGGUCACCGCCUGAGCGGGAUGGAGUUCUCCCAGCAAGUGGACACCGCCAGCCUGCCCUUUGCCACAGCGGUCACGGGGGCCAUGAAGGACCGAGAUCGGCGCCUCGACGAGAAGCGGAAAUCCACUGUCUUCCUUUCCGUGGGGGCCAUAGAGGGGAGCCCCCCCACCAUAGACAUGCCAUCGCUGCAGCAAUCCCGGUCCAUCGACGAGCGUCUGCUGGGGAGCCGGGACGUUCUCCUGCCUUCCCCCGUCUCCGCUUUAAAGCCAUUCCUCAGCAGUUCCUCCUCAACGUUCAUACACCCCCUGACAGGGAAGCCCCUGGACCCCAACUCCCCCCUGGCACUGGCGCUGGCCGCAAGAGAGAGAGCCCUCUCCACCCAGGUCUCCUCCAGAGGGGCCACCCCCAUCCACAGCCCUGACUCCGACCGGGUGGCGCCCUUGUUUGUGGACAUCCAAACCAAAGACCAAGAGAGAGGCGAGCUGGAAGGCCGGGGAUCUCCCGCAUAUUCUCCAGGAGCCAAGGUGGCCACCCCCAGCUCUCUGACCCCCACCCAGAGCCCCUGGGGGAUGCCCGGAAUCACAAGGAAAGAGGGCGAGGCACGAACCGUGACCCCGGUGAAGGAGGUGGAGAAGAAAGUAGAGGACAAGAAGGCCAUGAUCCUCAGCAUUGUGGAUACCUCGCAGCAGAAGAUGGCCGGCCUGAUCAUGGUGCACGCGACAAGCAACGGCCAAGAGCUCGGCUUUGACGUGCAGGAGGAGAAGACCUCCGUCCCAGAGGCGGGCCCAGAGCCAGCGGAAGUGUCCAUGGUGGAGGCUCAGCCCAGUCCCGUGGGGAAGGCGCCCGUCAGCCCAGCCUUGGACAAGACUCUUGGACAAGGGAGUUCGGAGGAGGAAGUAGAGACGUACACGGUCACUCUGCCGCCCGCUCAGCUGUCCUCGAGCGAUGAGGAAACCAGGGAGGAGCUGGCUAAGAUUGGCCUGGUGCCACCGCCCGAUGAGUUUGCGAACGGGGUACUGGUCACCACCGCUGGCACACCUAUCAGCCAACUGGCUGCUCCAGCCAUUGCCCCGCCAUCCGUGCCAGCGGCAGCGGUCCCACCUUCUACCACGGGUGGAACACCCUCAGGGAAGCCCACUGGUGCCCCCACCGCCCCGGAGUCUGCCGCAGACUCGGGAGUGGAAGAGGUGGACACCAGAAGUUCAAGUGACCAUCACCUGGAGACCACAAGCACCAUCUCCACUGUCUCCAGCAUGUCCACGCUGUCCUCCGAGAGCGGGGAGCCCACCGACACCUACACCUCCUUUGCGGAUGGGCACACUUUUGUAUUCGAGAAGCCGCCAGUGCCUCCAAAGCCGAAACUCAAGUCCCAGACCAGCAAGGGGCCGGUAACCUUCAGGGACCCACUUUUGAAGCAGUCCUCGGACAGCGAGCUCAUCUCCCAGCAACACACGGCCAUCCUGGCUUCCGCCAGCAUCGGCCGGCCACGCUACCUCUUUCAGCGAAGGUCCAAGCUGUGGGGGGACCCCCUGGACAGCAGGCCCCUCCACGGGCCGGAAGAUGACAAACCAACUGUGAUCAGCGAGCUCAGUUCCCGGCUGCAGCAGCUGAACAAGGACACGCGCUCCCUGGGGGAGGAACCUGCCGGUGGCGUGUUAGACCCUGGAAAGAAGUCUCCCGUGGUGGCAGCACGACUUUUCAGUAGUUUAGGAGAACUAAGCACCAUUUCCCAGCGCAGCUCCGGCACCACCUACACCGUGCGUCCUGGCAGCCGCUACCCUGUGACCCGCCGCACUCCCAGUCCGGUAAAGCCUGCCCUGGAUAGGACAGACCCCCUGAGCACCGUCCGGCCCUACGGGCUCACCCCGCCCACCAUCCUCAAAUCUUCCAGCCUCUCCAUCCCACACGAACCCAAGGAGGUACGCUUCGUGGUGCGCAGCGUCAGUGCCCGGAGCCGCUCCCCCUCCCCUUCCCCGGGGCCCCCCCUGCACCCCCUCCACCCCCCGCGGCCCUUCAUGCAGAAGCCCCUCCAGCUCUGGAACAAAUACGACGUGGGGGACUGGCUGGAGAGCAUUAACCUGGUGGAGCACCGAGACAAAUUUGAGGACAAUGAAAUUGAGGGCACCCACCUGCCCGCCUUGACCAAGGAGGACUUUGUGGAGCUGGGGGUGACGCGGGUGGGGCACCGCAUGAACAUUGAGCGGGCACUCAAGCAGCUGGCAGACAGUUGACCGUCCCGGCAUCCCGGGCUCCUCCCGGGGCCGUGUCACUCAGGGGCAGGCGGGGCCGUUCCUGCUAGGCCAGUAGACAGGAGCCCACCGGAUGCUCUUCCUGUCCUGCUCCGACUGCUGCACUGAAAGACGGGGGGGUCGGCAGGUAGGCAGGCACCUCCUCUCCCUCCCACCCCACAGGGCCCCGGGCACCCUGGUGCAGACUCCCUCCCUCGGGAACAGGCACGGACUACAGAAACUCACCCUCCCCAAGAGAGUCACUGCAGGACAGGCGGUUCUGGGGAAGGAGAGGCGCUCCCCUCUUGGAGAACACCCCGCCAGCAUGUCCUGCCCAUGUGGAGUGCCUGGCAUGGGCCCCGAGUGGAGGUCAGAGGGGCGAAGUGUUAAGAUGGGAAGGGGGUCCUUGUGCUGGGGUUGCACGGCUCCAGCCGGGCCUUAACACCGGCCAGUGGGGGCUUUGGGGGGAGGGGCUCGGUGCGUUGGCCGCAGGGAGCUUCGCUGGCACCCAAGCGCCGGAGGAAUUCUCUCUGUGAAGGUCAGCAGGAGCUCCUAAGAGAGGUCAAGGGGCAGAAGUGGGAACAGCGGUCAGUAGGGCCCCCAUCCAUCCCAGUUCCUGCCCCCACCCGCCCCCGCAGCCCUGGACCCUGGCCCUGCCCCACAAGGACCCAGCAGGGCCAGGAGGAGGAGAAGACCAGGAGAGGCACCCCCACGGAGCCUGUUGCCUGUGCCCUACUGGCACGCGAGUGAGCCGAUGUCGCAUGGACCGAAGCAUGCUUGGGGCGCAAAGAGAGGCGAAGGGUGGAUCCGGCUGCUUGGCCAGCCUUCGUGGGGAGGGGGGAGGCCUCAUUUGGCUCUGGGGGUGCGGGACACGUCGAAGGGGGGUCUCUUAAUCUCUCUGCAUUUCUGUAGGUUUGGUGAUCCCAAGGAGAGGAUGCCCAACAGCAGGAUCCCACCCCCUCUCUGUCCUAGUCACUUAUUUUUGCAUCUUUUUAAUCAGCUAUAUAUUUGAAAAGGGGAAAAAAAGAACAAAUAUCUAUAUAUCUA